UCCUUUCUGAUGCUGAUGCCGGCAGGAGGAGACGCGUUGCCUUUUGUGUGCGUCUCCGGAGCAGACAGAGGCGGGCGCGCGGAGCUGCUGAAAUUGACCAGCCCCCAACCGCACGUCACAUUGUGCAGCAGGACAAAACGCCUGGGCCGGUGCGCACGCACCGCCGGCUCGAGAGGCGCCCACGCCCCGCACGGCUCGCCCACCCCAGCCCUGCUCGGGAGCCCCGCCGUCCGGGCUGCUGCUGCUGCCGCCUGGCGCUGUCCGCGGUCUGCCCGGCUUCUGCAGAGCCUUGGAUGUAACAUUCAGCACCUCGGAGAGCUCCGCGCCGCCAAGGCGUUGCUCCCCGGCGAUGGCCAGCGUUCAGCAAGGCGAGAAGCAGCUCUUCGAGAAGUUCUGGAAGGGGACCUUCAAAGCAGUGGCUUCGCCCAGGCCGGGCAGUAUCAUCGUGACUAGCAUCACUUCCCGCAAACCGCUGCCCAGCUGCGAGGCACCAAGCAGUCUGCUGCUUCCCGAUGACAAACGCCCAGCGGAGCUGGUCCCAGCUCAAGAGACCAACAGAACCAAUGGUUGCGUGAGGCUGAAAGAUAGCAAGGAGUCAGCCAGGUACAGAUCUCACAGCCCAUCCUGUGAUGAGGAGUUUACACCACCUCCCGCCAGGGGGAAGAAAAAGAAAAAGAAAUCGACCAGGAAGAAGAGGAGGAGAUCUCCGUCCUGCAGCCCCUCCCCUGUGAAGAAGAAAAAGAAAAAGAAGAGUUCAAAGAAAAGAAAAAGAAACAGGUUAGCUUCAAAGAAGAAAAGACACAGUUCCUCAAGCCCCAAAAGCAAAAGGAAGGAAGAAAGAAAACACAAGAAACACACUCGCAGUCGGCCACGAAAAUCCCAACGUCACCACCAUCGGCAUUACCGCUCUGGCUCAGAGAGCACUAAUUCCCUCUCAGAAAGCUGUGGAAGCAGAGCCAGGUCACAGGAGGAAAGUCGCAAGGUUAAAUGGAAGCGGUCUGGGCAUUCUUCAAAAAGAACUAGGAAGUCAAAUGGCGCCACAGAGGUGACAGAGCCCCCUCUCCUCAGCCACACCGGCCAGAACAACAGCUCUCUCUCUGCCACAGAAGUUAUUUCAAAGUCUGGGUCUUCUGCUGUCCUCUUUAAAAAAGCAGAAGGUCAGCUUGGCAAGCUAGCCAGACAGAAGCUAAACGGAGAACGGUAUGAAUAUGACUCAGGAAAUGAUACUUCUUCCCCUCCGUCUACUCAGACAAGCUCAUCCAGGUCCAAGGGCAGCCAGGAAGCAAGCUGUCCAGUCCAUGAUGGCUUGGGCCAGACCUUCUCUUCUGAGAAGGUCAGCAGUGACAGCAGCUCCGAUUCAGGAAACUCCUUCACCAGCGGCUUCUCUCGUACUAAGGGAACAACUUUUGAAGACCCACAUCCAUCUCCGCAGGCUCACGCAAACGAUCAAAGAAGAUGGCCACUGCAGUCUAUUAGACAUUCAGAGAAGAAGAAACACAGCCCAGACUCCACCCCUUUUCCCAGCUCACCGCUUAGGUCAUCCGUCCAAAACAAGUCCUCCACCAGCAGAUCAUCGCCAGAGUCCAGCCAUUCCCAUUUAUUGCAUCACAAGUCAAGCCGAUCCUGCUCCUCAGGGACAAGAUCCUCUUCACGUUCCCCCAGCUAUUCAUCCAAGUCAUGCAAGAGAAGUUCAGGAAGCCGGAGCUCAAGAACACGCCGAAGCCCCAGCUAUUCUCGAUACAGCCCUGGCAGGGAUCGUGAACGAGAUCACAGAUACGGUUCCAGCGGGAAGGAGUCUGACCGGCAUCAUGACCGCCGACGUCGCAAACAGUCUUAUUCUCCCAUGAGGAAGCGUAGAAGAGAUUCUCCUAGCCACCUGGAAGCACGGCGCAUAACAAGUGCCCGGAAGCGCCCCAUCCCCUACUACAGACCCAGCCCUUCCUCCUCCUCAUCCCCCACCAGCACAAGCAGCUAUUCCUCUUGGUGCAGCAACUUCAGUCUCUCUCCAAGUCGCAGCCGCAGCAUCUCUAGUGACAGGACAGGCCGCAGCAGGAGCUGGAGCAGCAGUAGCUGCAACGGCAGCCGCAGCCAUAGCUCAGGGGCAAGGAACAGCCGGCGAAGCUGCAGCAGGAGUUCCGAAUCGGCAGGCAGUUGCAACAGCAUGCGACGUUAGCUGCCGUCCUGCACCCGGAGGUUGGACGGGCUUUCUUUGUCUCCCCCUGCUCCAAGUCUACUGAUCGUCAAGGGCAAGAUCAAAUGCCAGUUUCCGUGAUGACUGAAUGCAAAACAAUCUCACCUGGUAAUCGGGUGCAAGGGAAGCAUUCUUUUUUCCUUGGAAACCCAGUCACGUAGCCUGUCAGUCAUGGACCGGUGGACAAUAGGCACAAGUUGGAUCGCCCUGAACUUUUCUACUGCAGGAACUGAAAAUGCUGAAGUAGCAUUGACCAGUCUUUAAAGUUUUUACGCUCAUGCUGUGUCCUCCUCCUCAUAAUUGCGCCUCCGCCCAAGUCCCCUCACUGCUCAGGAGGUGAUGUAGCUGGUUCAUCCUGCUCCGAAAGAGUGGAGGAAUACUUUGCUGCUCUCAUCUGGGGUAACUCCUUUCUCUACCCUCCAAUUAGCUGCAGCCACACUCUCAUCCAGUUGCUGCUCCAAGUGAAUUCCAUGCCACUGUGGUUGGUGGUUGCUUGGACUCACCUAUUAGGGGGGAAUUAUUUUAUCUUUCCCAGUAAACCAAACUGCAGAAGUAUUCCUUCGUGGUGAGUGGCCAAGGGUCUGGUUGUGACAAACUAACUAGAGGUUUUCCCAGCCAUUCCUGAGACAUGUGUGUUGUGUUAAGAGAGCCUCAGCAUCUAAGCGGCUACACAUAGUGGAUAAAAACAUGGUUCCUUUCCCUGGAUUGCUUGCCUCUGAAGAAAUCCAAGGGCCUUGGUAUGCCAGAAGCCAUUUUGAGUUCUUUCAAAAGACUUGCCGUAUCUGGGGUACAGCAAGCCAUUGUUAGCAGUCUGCUCUGUGAGAGGUGGCUCUGUUCAGGACAUCCCAAUCAGUUUUGGACAUCAGAGUUCACAAACAGAAGAUUCAGAAGAGUCAUUGCUAUUUGGUCCACAAAAGCAAACUAUUCUAGGCUCUAUCAAAUUUCAAAACUAAUGGGGGGUAUCAUAAAUCAAGUGAAGUUAGAUUGCCUAAUUCCAUGGAUUACUUCCAGAUUCACAGUUUGAGUCAAAGUGCUUCCCAUAUCGGUAUCUGAAAAAAAAUCUAGUCAGCAGUGAUGGCCACCUCUACUACCAUGUUUCCCCGAAAAUAAGACCUACCCCGAAAAUAAGCCCUAUCAUGAUUUUUCAGGAUUUUUGGAAGAUACUUAAAAUAUAAGCCCUACUCCAAAAAUAAGCCC